UGGAUAGAUGAGCCUCCCUGCUGUGCUUUAUUCAGCGACAUCAGUUUUGGAGUUGAAAGUUAGGGGGAGGUGGCAGCUUGAGGCAUCAGGUGUGCAUGCUUAGAGGGAGAGGGAAAGAGGAGAAGAGGAGCUGCCAGAUGAAUGAGCUCCAUUGCACUGGACAUGUGAUAAGGGGAGCGCGGGAUGGUGCUGGUUCUCUAGCAGUAUGUGUAUGUCAAGAUCAGACAGAAGAAAAGCUGUGGGAGGGAGCUCUGAUUGUAUUAGACACCUGGAACUGACAGGAAAAGCAAGAGACGAUGCACUUGGACAAGAAACACUUCUGUUAGUUUCCCUUUGGAUUUAUGUAUGAGGGAAGGCAGGACCAUGACGGUCAACCAGAGGAGGCAGUGGAGGUCCAUGUGCAAAGGCCUGGUUCUGGGUACUGUCCUGACCAGCUGUAUGAUCCUGCUAUACUGCCUCUCUACUCCGCAGGUCCACUUUCAUUUGCCCGAGGUUCCAGUGCCUUACUCCUGUGCCCACCGCCCAUCCCAGUUCCACAACAAACUGACCACAAACACCUCACAACAAACCACCGGUCAGACCUGCACUCCUAAAGUGGAUAUCAUGUUCAUGAAGACGCACAAAACAGCCAGCAGCACCUUCCUUAACAUACUUUUCCGUUUUGGAGAGAAGCACCGACUCACAUUUGCCUUCCCUGACAGCAGAAAUGACUUCUUCUACCCUUCUCCUUUCCAGCGCUCCCAGGUUAGAGACUACAGGCCUGGAAUGUGCUUCAAUAUUAUCUGUAAUCACAUGCGUUUCAAUGCUCCUGAGGUGGCCAAACUGCUCCCUACAGACACUUUGUACAUCACCAUUCUGAGGGACCCUGCAGAACUUUUUGAGUCAUCCUUCCACUACUUUGGCCGGCUGGUGCCUUUCACCUGGAAGAUACCAGGUGAUGACAAGCUGACAGAGUUUCUCCGUGACCCCCAUUACUACUUUGAUCCAGAGGGUUUCAACUCUUUCUACCUCAAGAAUCUGCUGUUCUUUGAUUUUGGACAGGACAACACUCUGGAGCUGGAUGAUCCACGCGUAGACCAGGGAAUCAAGUUCAUUAUUGAGCGUUUUGAGCUGGUCAUGUUAGUGGAGUAUUUCGAGGAGUCACUCAUCCUGCUGAAGGAUGCCCUCUGCUGGGAGAUGGAUGACCUGCUUUUCUUCAAGCUCAAUGCACGCAAGGGAUCCACUGUUUCUAAACUCACCCCUGACCUGAGGGCCAGAGCUCUUGAGUGGAAUGCUAUUGACUGGAAACUGUACCAGCAUUUCAACAGGACCUUUUGGAAGAAAGUGGACUCUUAUGGACUGAAGAGGAUGGCAGAAGAUGUUGCGGAGCUCAGGAGGAGGAAUGCAGAGAUGGCAAACAUCUGCAUCGAGGGAGGCCAUGCUGUGGAUGCUGGCAGCAUCCAGGAGACAGCCAUGCAACCCUGGCAGCCCAUUGGAGAGAAGUCCAUCAUGGGAUAUAACUUAAAGAAGAAUGUGGACAAGGCCCAUAGAAAACUGUGCCGUAAGAUGUUGACACCGGAGCUUCAGUACUUAACUGAGCUUGGUGUUAAUCUGUGGAUCACCAAGCUGUGGGGACAUGUCAGAGAGAUCAUAAACUGGUGACAAGGAAUGGAUGAGAACAAGAGGGGCCAAUUUAACAAAAACAGACUGUUACGAGCAGAAGAGGCUGACUAUGCAGCUGAUAGUCUGAGAGAUUAAAGGUGUCUGUUUCAAUCUCGUGACCUGUCUCAAUGUAAUAUACCUGAAUUUACUUGUUUACAUUGCACAUGUUUAAAUACAGCAAUGUAGUUCAUGGGUGCUUGACAGAAAGACUCUUGACCUCACAAUCUAUAUGUUACACUGAACUAGUUUACUACAUAUUGUAUAAAUGGACUUGGUGUUACUGUUUUUUAUGUGCAAGUCCGUGUUGAUCUAUUAAAAUAUGCUUACCCUAUUAUGUGAGUUUGUUCUAAUGAAGAAGUGAAUGAUAGUGUUUAGAUCAAAUUUCAUUAUUUUUUAACCCCUUUCAUUAAAUUGAGACCAAAUGCUGUGAUUCCUACCAAACUUAGGACAGGAGUAUCUAUUUGAUAUUGUCUAUUUGAAUGUCUCUGGAGAAAGUGAAUCAGUCACUGACUGAUGAUAGGUGAGUAGAUAACCACAAACCUUUUCAGUUGUCAUUGCAAGAUGAGAUGGAACUAAUAAUAUUGAUGAUGACUUCCAGGUAAAGAAACACUUAAGGGGAAAUAUACUUCAUACAAUGCUUAACCCACAAUGUAAUCAGUGAAUAAAACUGAAUGUAGUACAUCUACAUGUAAACAGCAUUAUGCAAUCAAGAACAAAAGAACAAACUUACUUAAUGAACUUAUUUUCCUCAUCAGUUAUUGUCAAAUAUGUAUAUUCCUUUUCUUUAUAUAUUAAUGUUGAGGAUGUUUUUUUCUACUGCCCUAAUACUUUUCUAGUUUUCUUAAUUUUCCUCAUUUCUUUGUUCACUGUUUCCGUAGAUGACCCUGAGAGUGAAUUGUCGUUAGAUCCAAUAGACUACAUCUUUUUUCUUUUUAUGUGACAUCUCAACAAAGUUUUCUGUGAAAAAGGCCCAUUGAUGACAGAACUUAAAAUAUGUUACACAAUGAGCCAAAUAAAUUUACUCAUCAGUCAAGUAAAGCAAAUCCUAUCUAUCGAAGCACCGUGACAGUGACUAACAAUGUUAAAUGAAUACCAAUUCCUGCACUUGUCAUGUGGAUGUAUGCAUUUUAUGUAGGUUAUUUCUUUAAAUGCAAAAUAAAUGUUUUUUUUCUGUUCUUAUUUUGUUUUAGGGUUAUUAAUCUCUUUCAGUAUUAGAAUUUGUAAGUUAUUUGUCUGUAAGUGACUGAUUGUGUCCAUGGAUAUACCACCCCGUAAAAAAACUUCCCUUGCAAUAUAUGAUAAUCGUUUUAUGUAUAUCUUCAAAAUAAGUACCUGUAUGUGUAAGUCUUUUGUCUGAUUCAUAAAUCAAUUUCUCUCUGUC